CCCGGCGGAGAAGCCGCCCGGCGGCCCAGGUGCGCCGCCCGCUGCGUGCGUGUGCGCGUUGGGGAGCGAGGGAGCGGUGUGGCCCGCCCCGCGCUCCGUAGUAGAGGCCGGGUGACGUCACGUGCGGGCGGGAUUGGCUGAGGAGGCGGAGGCGCUGCUGUUGCCGCCGCUGCGGUGCUGCAAAGCCGAGCCCAGUUCAGCGCUUCCUUGGCCGGUCAUGGACGGCGGAGUGGCCGCUGCAGCGGGUGAAGAAGAAUGGAGGUGCCUGGGGUGUGGCGACAGCGUUGCAGCUGGUCAGCGACUCUACAGGACCGUUAAUGAAGCUUGGCACAUCUCCUGCUUCUGCUGCUCUGAAUGCCAGGACCUCCUCACAAAUUGGUACUAUGAAAAAGACGGGAAACUCUACUGCCACAAGGACUACUGGAGGAAGUUUGGUGAAUCUUGCCACGGCUGCUCUUUGCUGAUGACGGGCCCCGUUAUGGUGGCCGGUGAAUACAAGUUCCACCCAGAAUGCUUUGCUUGUAUGAGCUGCAAGGUGAUCAUUGAAGAUGGCGAUACCUACGCGUUGGUGCAGCACUCUGCCCUCUACUGUGGCAAAUGCCACAACCAGAUUGUCCUGACGCCGAUGAUCGAAAGGCUCUCCACAGAGUCCCUGUGCGAACAGCUGCCCUACACACUGACCCUCGUCUCCAUGCCUGCAGCCACUGACGGCAAGAGAGGGUUCACGGUGGCCGUGGAAGGCGGCUGCUCGGCCUAUGCCACUAGCGUCCAAGUCAAAGAGGUCAAUCGAAUACAUAUUAGCCCCGAUGUCCAAAACGCUAUCCACCCCGGAGACAAAAUCCUGGAGAUAAACGGAACUCCGAUUCGCACACUACAAACAGAAGAGGUCAAGGACUUGAUCCGCAAGACGAGCCAAACGCUUCAGCUGCUGAUCGAGCACGAUCCGGUCUCUCAGCGCCUGGACAGGCUGCGCCUGGAUUCCCACCUGCCUGUGCGCAUUAAGAAGCCCUCUUCUCCCUGCCCCAUUUCACCUCUGGACCUCAAGGAGAAUCUGGAAGGGACGUUGAGGCGGCGCUCUCUCAGGCGAAGCAACAGUAUCUCCAGGUCCCCUGGCCCCAGCUCCCCAAAGGAACCACACCUCCUCACCCGGGAUAUCAGCCGCUCGGAAUCGCUCCGCUCCUCUACAAGCUGCUCCCAGCAGAUCUUCCGGCCCUGUGAUCUGAUCCAUGGCGAAGUGUUGGGGAAAGGAUUCUUUGGCCAGGCAAUCAAGGUGACUCACAAAGCAACCGGGAAGGUCAUGGUGAUGAAGGAGCUGAUUCGCUGUGAUGAGGAAACACAGAAGACCUUCUUGACGGAGGUGAAGGUGAUGCGUAGCUUAGACCAUCCCAACGUGCUGAAGUUCAUCGGUGUGUUGUACAAGGACAAGAAGCUGAAUCUGCUCACGGAGUACAUCGAAGGAGGGACCCUGAAGGACUUCCUUCGGAACGUGGAUCCGUUUCCCUGGGAGCAGAAGGUCAGCUUUGCCAAAGGGAUUGCCUCGGGGAUGGCCUACCUCCACUCCAUGUCCAUCAUUCACCGGGACCUGAAUUCCCACAACUGCCUCAUCAAGCUGGACAAGACGGUGGUGGUGGCAGACUUUGGCCUGUCCCGGCUGAUUGUAGAGGAGAGGAAGAAGCCCACCCUGGAAAAGCUGUCGGCCAAGAAGCGGAGCUUGCGUAAGAGCGACCGGAAGAAACGCUACACGGUGGUUGGGAACCCCUACUGGAUGGCCCCGGAGAUGCUGAACGGACAGCGCUAUGACGAGACAGUGGACAUCUUUUCCUUUGGGAUCGUGCUUUGCGAGAUCAUAGGCCAAGUGUAUGCAGAUCCAGACUGCCUGCCCCGCACCCUGGACUUUGGCCUGAAUGUGAAGCUCUUCUGGGAGAAGUUUGUUCCUGCCGAUUGCCCUCCGGCUUUCUUCCCUCUGGCGGCUGUCUGCUGCAGGCUGGAGCCGGAGAGCAGGCCCCCAUUUUCAAAACUGGAGGAUUCUUUUGAAGCCCUUUCCUUAUACCUGGGAGAACUGGGAAUCCCCCUCCCCUCGGAACUGGAGGAACUGGACCACAACGUCAGCACGGCGCAUGGGCUGAUCCGGGACAAGCUACCCAGCACCCUCACUUAGUCUCCUGACCCGUGCGCGCUUUCCAUGGAAUACCACUCAGGCAGCAGGCAGCGAGGACUGAUUUCCCACUCUUCACAGGGCAUUAAUAGGGCACCGAUUUGCCUCGUGGCCUUGCCUUCAGCCUCCUCCGCCUCUCUCCUGUGGAUCUGUGGCAUGUCCUGAGAGCAAGAAGAGCUCUCUCCCACUGGGGGCUUCAGCCCUGACAAUCUCGCUUGGGAAACACACAGUUCUUAGGGCCGUAUUUGGGGGUCCUAGGCCUGGUGGUGCCUUUAGACCUUGGUCAGACUGCAAGGUGUGAAGGAUCCGGGGUGCUUUGCCCCCAGAGCAAAGCCAGAGGCAGCAUCCAAGGUGCCAGACGCUUGGGAGAAAAGGGCUUGGAGGGAACUUGCCCCCAAAGGGAAGGCUGGAGCUUCCGUCUUCCGUAUGGACCUCUUGGAAUUAGGCAAAUUCUAUCCCCCACGCCUUCCUAUUGAGUCUUGUUCCAGGCACCGCCUCCACAGGCAGGUCUAGAAACCUGUGCAAGAGAUGAGACUGUAGAGGAAAACUGUGACGGUGGCUGGAAUCACUCAGGAGAUGCAAACACUACUUCAGCUGAUGCUUGAGCAGUGGGCUCUGGGGGAUAAAAAAGGGAGAGACUGUAUCCCAUCGUGGAUGCCGGCGUAUCCCCAGUGCCUCCCCUGUUGGGGUUUUCUCCGUGGCAUGGAGUGCUGGAUACAAGCCUGGCAUUCCUGGCAGCUGACUGGGAAUGAGAGCCUUGACUCCUAGCUGGGACCACUAAGGCGAAGGCACAGAAGAGAUCGCGAUGAUCACUACCUCUGUCCUCCAUUUCAGGCCUCUCCUGCUUGCUGUUCUCAGCUGGGUUUGGGGCACUGUCUUCCGACACCUGCCUCCAGCAUCUGUUCUGGUGAAGGAACCGGAAGCCCCUCUCGUCUGAUGCAGGUGGCCCCUUCCCGGCACUCUUGACCUGAAAUAGCCAUUUGGGGAAAUCCAGCAGCAGAUGAGUGGUGAGCUUCACCUCUGCUUUUGGCUUCUCUCUCUGAAUUCUUGCUGUCCCCUUUUCCCCAGCUCCCUGUGGCCCAAAUCCUGGUGUUCAGAGGGAUCAAAACAUGUGAAGCUUCUUGGUUCGUUCUUGCUUAGACGAGCUGUUUUGGACUCAAGUUUGUGUUUAAUCUGUGGACAUUUUAAAGAAACGCUGGACCUUCGCGUGUGGAGGCGUGUAAGGGACAUUUUCAGAUUCCUUUGCAUUCAGAUUGGACUCGUCUCCCCCCUCUCCCUCUUUGUAAAGUUGGGGGUGCAAAUGUGGGGGUACCCUCUAUCUCAUGGAGGAGAAACUUGGACCAUGCGUUCAGGAGGCUCUGAUCUCCUGCAGUUGCAUAACAAACUGUUCUAUGACUAAAUUAAAAGCUGGAAUAAAGUUAUGCUACGAAAGUAA